AUGCUCGCACUACGACGUAGAACAAGAGAACUUCGCCAACUGUUUAUUAUUCUUGAUGCUAACUGGCCGUCAUCCAAGGCUUCAGGAGAAACACACACUGUACGAGAGUUCAUAGAAAAGUCCUUUGCUGUAGCCGGAGUCAAGAUUGCAUGGGAAGGAUGUCGUGAAGGUGAAGUAGGGAAGGACUCCAAAUCCAGUGGAAUCAGAGUUCGGAUCGACCCACGAUACUGUUGUACGUGUCUUGGUCGAUAA